UGGUAACAGUGUGAUCAGGAGAGAGUGAGUGAGUGAGAGUUUGACUGAGAGCAGUGUGUGAUUUCAGAUCUUCUACCAGGUGAAUCUCUCACCCAGGGAGGUAGCACACUGUGACAGCGGUAUCAACCAGACUCUGACAGAGAAUUGGAAGAAAGUCAUGUAUCUACCCAGGCCAGAGAACCAGCCGUAAAAGACAAAAGGCGGUCUCCCCCUUCGGACAGGCCUCCCACCUCCCCCCACGCCAACCCUCACCACAGUGCCUCCCCAGAGGACCAGGAGAGCCCGGAGAGAGUGGUUCAGAAAGAGAAACUGCAUGCAGAGCUGAAACAGGUGCUGAGUCUGAAGAGAAGUCACCUGAAAGAGUCGUCUCGUUUGGCCCAAGCAGAGAUGGAUUCCUCAGAGGCCCACGCAGUGGAGGAGACUGCAUCUGAGGAGGUAGAGGUUGUGGUAGAGACAGAGGCUGAGGCUGGAGCCAGUGGCUACAGUGUCACAGGUGGAGGGGAGCGAGGCCUCUUCAUUAAGGACGUCCUUAAAGACUCCACUGCAGCAAAGCAUCUUAGCCUCCAGCAAGGAGAUCAGUUGCUCAGUGCAAGAGUCUACUUUGACAAUGUGAAGUAUGAGGAUGCCCUGAAGAUCUUGCAGUGUGCAGAGCCUUACAAAGUCUCCUUUUUCCUGAAGAGGACCAUCGCCGGCGCUGAUGUCACCAUGCACCCUGGCACCACCAGCUUGGAACUGAAAGGACCCAAAACCAAGAUGCAGAAAAUGAGUGUCAAGAGCAUCAAACCUUUCAAAGCAAAGAAAAAGAGGGGAGGACGUUUUGGAUUGAAAAGGCUGAAGGAAAACAAGAAAGGGAGCACUGGAGCAGAGUUGGAGAUGGAGGGAUCGCCUUCCAAAGUGGAGCUCAACCCCGUCGACGUGGAGUUUGCCUUCCCCAAGUUCAAGCUGAGGAAGGAUGGGAAGGCAGAGGGAACUGAGCAGCAUGGAGGAGUGGUCGCCACUGGCAGGAAGAAGAGGAUGAUAAGGUGUCCCAGGAUGAACGCAAAGGGUGCUGAGGUGGCUACAGGAGAAGUUGACAUGACGCAACCAGAGGGACAGGCUGACGUCUCCCUGCCAGACGUGCCUGGAGCUAAGGUCAAAGUCAAAGGAAAGGGCCACAGGUUCGGAAUUCAUUUCCCUAAAACAAAAAAGACAACAUCGGACACUGCCUUGUCUGAAGGGUCUCUGGAGCUGAAACCUCCAGAUGUCAAAUUCACACCACCCUCAGUGGAAUUCAGUUCGCCAUCUGGAAACAAGGAAGUCAACUUACAGAAACCAGAAGUGAAAGUCAAGGAGGGGUCAAAGUUUAUGCACCGAGAGGUAGAGCUUUCACUAGGACUCCCCUCAGCUCGACCCUCUGAUGAAAUUGAUGGUGAGAUAAAAGCAAAAGGUUUAGCUGAAGGAGUUGAAGGGUCAACAGGCCUGUCUGGCAUUAAAAUGCCAGCUAUUGACAUCUCUGCACCCAACAUCGAUCUGCAGCUGGACACCCGGAGUAGAGUGCCAGACGAGAUAGAGGGACCCUUUUUUAAAGGGCCAAAUAUAUCCAUGCCAAAAACUGACAUCUCACUACCAAAGAUUGGAUCAUCUGAUAUGGAUAUUGAAGGUCCAGAAAAGGGUGGGAAAAUGAGCCUACCAGCUGUUGACAUUUCACUGCCAAAGAUGACAUCAGGAGAAGCAAAUGUUGAUGUGGAAGGACACAUUGGAAAGGGAGGCAAGUUCAAAAUGCCAACUUUUGAUGUUUCUCUUCCAAAAUUCAAGUCUUCAGAGGAGGACAUGAAUAUAGAGGGGCCUGGCGUCAAAGGAGAGUUCAACAUGCCAAAAGUUGACCUUUUACGCCCGAAAGGUAAAGCGGGAGGUGAGGUGGACAUUGAAGGAUAUUUAGGAAAAGGAGGUACAUUUCAGAUGCCCACAUUUGACAAUUCUCUACCAAAAAUUAAGUCAUCAGGCAGAGAAAUUAAUGUAGAAAGACCUGAAGUGAAGUGUGGCAAAAUUCAAAUGCCCUAUGCUGACAUAUCUCUCCCCGAAGGAAAAACAGAGGGGAAAAUGAACAUUGAGGGACAUUCUGGAAAAGGGGGCAAGUUCAAAAUGCCCUCGUGUGACGUUUCUCUUUCUAAAAUGUUGGGCAAUGCUAGUUUAGAGGGACCUGAAUUGAAAGGGGGAAAGUUAGAAAUGCCCACACUUGAUAUUUCCCUUGCCAGAGGAAAAGCAGAGGGUGAAGUCAAUAUUGAUUCAAAUAUAGGAAAAGAAGGAAUGCUCAAAACGCCCACAAUUGACAUUCCUCCUCCAAAAAUGAGGUCGUCAGGAACAGAAGUUGAUGUAAAAGGGCCUGAUGUAAAAGGAGGAAAGUUCCACAUGCCACAAGUAGACAUUUCACUUCCCAAAGGAAAAAGCGAAAUUGACAUUGAGGGAAAGUCUGAAAAAAUAGGGAAGAUUCAAAUGUCCUCAUUUGAUGUCUCACUUCCAAAAAUAAAGUCAGCAGAGGGUGACAUGAAAAUAGAAGGAUCUGAUGUGAAAGGCAUCACAUUUCAUAUGCCCACCAUAGAUUGUUCACUUCCAACAGGAAAAACAGAAGUUGACAUCAGCGUUGAAGGAGAAGCAUCUAAAGGCGGAAAGUUUCACAUGCCUUCGCUUGAUAUUUCUCCUCCGACAGUGAAGUUCCCAGAGGGUAAAGCGAAAGUAAAAGGCCCUGAAAUCAAAAGGGGAAAGGUCGAGAUAACAAAUAUCGAUGUGUCCAUUCCAAAAGGCAAAACGGCGGGAGAAGUUAAUGUUGAAAGCCAUGUCAGUAAAGGGGGAAAGUUUAAGAUGCCCAAAUUUGGCAUUUCUUUCCCGAAAUUUAAGUCACCAGAGGGUAAGGUCAACACAGAGGGACCUGAAGUCAAAGGAGGGAAGUUUCACAUGCCUAAAAUUGACAUUUCAGUACCAAAAGUAAAAGCGGAAGGUGACAUCAAAGUUGAAGGAGAUUCUGACAUUUCCCUUCCAAAAAUGAAGUCACCAGAAGCAGAUAUCCUUUUAGAAGGACCAGACCUCAAAGGAGGAAAGUUUCAGAUGCCAACAAUUGACCUUUCCCUUCCAAAAGGAAAGGGAGAAAUUGACACUGAAGAACAUUCUGGAAAAGGAGGCAAGUUCCAAAUGCCAGCAUUUGAUAUAUCACUUCCAAAAAUGAAGACACCAGAUGGUGAAGUCAGCCUAGAAGGCCCUGAAGUCAAAGGGGGGAACAUUAAUAUGCCAACGAUGAACAUUUCUCUUCCAAAAGGAAAAAUGGAAGGAGAAGCUAAGGAACAUGCAAUCAAAGGGGACAAGUUUCACAUGCCCUCGGUUGACAUUUCCCUUCCAAAAAUGAAGUUGCCUGAAGGUGAAGUCAAAGUAGAAGGCCCUAAAGCCAAAGGGGGAAAGAUUGAAAUGCCAUCGACUGAUAUUUCACUUCCCAAAGGAAAGAUGGAGGGAGAAAUUGACAUUGAAGAACAUUCAGGAAAAGGAGGACGAUUUCAUAUGCCUACAUUCAACGUUUCCCUUCCAAAAAGGAAGUCACUAGAAGAAUAUGUCAGUUUAGAAGGACCGAGUGUCAAAGGAGGGAAGUUUCAUAUGCCCACAAUGGACUAUUCCCUUCCCAAGGGAAAGGGUGAGAUUGAAACUGAAGGACAUUCUGGAAAAGGAGGAAAGUUUCAUACGCCCAAGUUUGAUGUAUCGCUACCAAAAAUGAAGUUCCCAGAGGGGGACAUCAAACUAGAAGGACCGGAAGGCAAAGGCAGUAAAAUACAUAUGCCUAACAUUGAUAUUUCUCUUCCUGAAGGGAAAACUGAAAGAGAUAUUGAGGUUGAGGGGCAUGGUGGCAAAGGGGGGAAGUUUCACAUGCCCUCAAUUGACAUUUCCCUUCCAAAAAUGAAGUUGCCUGAAGGUGAAGUCAAAGUAGAAGGCCCUAAAGCCAAAGGGGGAAAGAUUGAAAUGCCAUCGACUGAUAUUUUACCACCCAAAGGAAAAAUGGAGGGGGAAAUUGACAUUGAAGGACAUUCUGGUAAAGGAGGACGAUUUCAUAUGCCAACAUUCAACGUUUCCCUUCCAAAAAUAAAGUCACCAGAACCAGAUGUCAGUUUCGAAAGACCAGACCUCAAAGGAGAAAACUUUCAAAUGCCAAAAAUGGACUUUUCCCUUCCCAAGGGAAAGGGUGAGAUUGACACUGAAGGACAUUCUGGAAUAGGAGGCAAGUUCCAAAUGCCAGCAUUGGAUAUAUCACUUCCAAAAAUGAAGACACCAGAAGCGGAAGUCAGCCUAGAAGGCCCUGAGGUGAAAGGUGGAAAGUUUGAAAUGCCAAAGAUUGAUAUUUCACUUCCAAAAGGAAAAACAGAAGGGGAAAUAGACAUUGAAGGACAUUCUGAGAAAAAGGAAAGUUUCACAUGCCCACAUUCGACAUGUCCUUACCAAGAAUGAAGUCAAAAGAUGGUGACAUUAAAUUAGAGGGUCCAGAAGUGAAAGGCAGUAAAAUACAUAUGCCUAAUAUUGACAUUUCUCUUCCAAAGGUGAAGGCAGAAAGUGAUAUUGAGGUUGAGGGGGAUGGUGGUAAAGGGAGAAAGUUUCACAUGCCCUCACUUGACAUUUCUCUUCCAAAAAUGAAGUUACCUGAGGGUGAAGUCAAAGUAGAAGGCCCCGAAGCCAAAGGUGGAAAGUUUGAAAUUCCAACAAUUGAUAUUUCACUUCCAAAAGGAAAAGCAGAGGGAGAAACUGACAUAGAAGGACAUUCUG